CCUUUCUUGACAGAAAUCCAAAAUAACCUCACUUCGCCAUUGUUCUAAAGGCAUUACAGAAUUUAAGAAGUUAUUAAAUAUGGCAAAACCAGUGGACUUGGAACUGAAAAAAGCAUUUAUUGAAUUGCAACUUAAAAUGGUGGAAACCAGUGAAAAAAUUCAAGUGAUAGAUUCUCAAAUAGAAGUACUCAAACGCGUCUUGCAGCAUGUUGAUAUUACUCAACGAGAGAUUAGUACAUUUCCACCUGCGACUAAAACUUAUGAAUCCGUUGGCAGAAUGUUCCUCCUCACCGAUUUAGAUGAGGUCAAGAACAACUUAAAGACACGAAAGUCGCAAUUAUCGACUCGUAUAACAGAAUUAGAGAACAAUACACAGUAUUUAGAGAAGAAUCUGAAAGAGAGUGAAGACAACAUCAGAGAAAUGGUACAACAGAGGAAAGAGCAAAGUGACGCUAAAUCUAACUAAAGAAUAUAUUUUUCGGCUUUAUUUAUACAGCAAUACUUUAAAAUUUAAAUAGUUAUAAUGAAAAGAGAAGUUUUAAUAAAACCACUGAACUUUGAACCUGCUUAUAGCCUAGUGGGUGAAUAGAUGAGAUUUUGUUAUGCAGUGCAGAAUUCUGCAUCUGGGCCCAUUCAACGUUAUUAAACUAAACUAAUGGACAAGCAUUAGUGUUUUAUGGUUUAAGUGUUGAUUGACUAUAUAAUAACAUAAUACAUUAAAGUGAGAUACUGAUCCAAGCGCUUUACUAUGCUAAACAGAACACAAUAAAUAAUUUUUCAGAA